AUGGGGCGCUGGGCGUGCUGCCUGUUGCUGGGCGCGCAGCUGCCGCUGCUGCUGCUGCUGCUGCAGCUGCUGCAGCUGCUGCAGCUGGCGGGGGCCUCUGACGAGCCGCCCCCCAUGCCCGUGGCAGUUCCCGCUGCAGCAGCAGCAGCAGCAGCAGGCGAGGGAGCCGGCGCUGCAGCAGCAACGCUGCCAGGCACUGUUGCUGCAGCGCCUUGCGGCAGCAUGCUGGCAGCAGCAGCAGCAGCAUUUCCAACAAAUCUUAGACCAAACUUUGUCUUUUCUCCCCACUCUAUCUUUGCUGUUUUGGCUCUUCUUGAAGAAGCAGUGACACCCGACGUGCAGCAAACGCUGCAGCCGCUGCUGUCGCUGUCUGCUGCUGCUUACCACACUCUGGGCGCCGACAGCAGCAGCAGCAGCAGCAGCAGCAGCAGCAGCAGCAGGAGAAGCCCGCAGCUCUCGGGGCUGAUGCGGCUGCAGUCCGUCUCCCACAGCUACCAGCUGCAGGAAGACGAAGAGCGGCGGCGGCGGCGGCGGCAGCGCAUGUGGCACCAGCAGCAGCAGCAGCAGCAGCAGCAGCAGCAGCAGCAGCAGCAGCAGGAGGAUGAGGGGGGAGCAGCAACUUUGCAAGUUGUUUCCGAAGUCUUUGCUGAUCCUUCGCUGCAGCAGCAGCCGGGCUUUGCUGCUUUCGAGCAGCGGGUGGCUGAGCAGCUGGGGCAUCCGGGUGUAUAUACACUCCAAGCAGAGAGUGCAGCAGCAGCAGCAGCAAUGCUGAACGCGCGGCUUGCUGCAGCAACAAAAAACAGAAUAACAGAUUUAUUUUCAGAAGAUGAUAUUACGAAAUUAAUUCUUUUAAAUGCCAUUUAUUUCAAAGCCGGAUGGUUGGACUCUUUUUCGGAAACAGAGAAAGGCCCUUUCUUGAGCUUGACUCCUUCAGGUGUACGUACAACGCAAGUGGACUACAUGCAGCAAACGCUGCUGCAGCACCAGCUGCUGCUGCUGCAGCAGCAAGACGUGACAGUUGUGGGGUUGCCUUUGAACUAUCCCGGGGCUUUUGUCUUCUUUUAUAUUCCUCAAGACUUCAAAACUUUCGAAAAAAUGGCAGAGUCCAAUCCUUUGCUGCUGCAGCAGCUCGUGGACCAGUGCAAGGAGGGGGCCCCCCUGGGGGCCCCCCUGGGGGCCCCCGGGGGGGCCCCCCGGGGGGCCCCCGGGGGCCCCUCGGAGCAGCGCGUGCAGCUGUUUGUGCCCAAGUUCAAGCUGGAAGCAGCAGCAAACCAGAUGGAUGUGCUGCAGCUGCUGCAGCAGCUCGGAGUGUCUCCGAAGUUGUGGGAAGGAGGGGCUUUUUCUGGGAUCGGAUCCCCGCUGCUGUCGCUCUCGAGGCUGCUGCAUGCAGCGUUUAUUGCUGUUGAUGAGAACGGGGUGGAAGCAGCAGCAGCAACAGCAGCACUUGUUGCAGACGGCGCGGGACUGCAGCAGCAGCAGCAGCUGCAGCAAGUCAAAGUCGACCGGCCUUUUCUCUUCGAAGUUCGGCUGCUGGACUUCAAGAGCAGCAACGGACUGCAGCAGCACAAGUACUUCCAGCAGCAGCACAGCAUGUGCGGCGGCGGAGAGAGUGACGUGGUGCUCUUCGCGGGCAGAGUCAGCUGCCUCGGAGAGUGA